AUGGGCAGCUGCGCGAGUCCGGGCAGGGUGGCGGAGUGGCAGCAGCUGGUGCGACGACUGAAGCCCACGGCCGUGGUUGCGAAAGACGGCUCCGGCGACUACCGCACCGUCCAGGCACGUGCCUCGGCCCCAUUCGUUGUCGCGUUGUCGCCCUCGUCGUGCCUCACACCGAGCAUCCCUCUCCCGCAAUUAAGCCGUGCUACGCCUGUAGCCUGCACCUCCCCCCUCUGUUACUUCGUUCCCCUCUUCUCAUUCCGUCUGUACGCUCCCAGAGGGGACCCUCUGCUGCAUUCCCCUUCUUCGUUGCACCAUAACAGCCUUUCGCACCCAAUUUUCCUCACCCAAACCCUUCCCUCCCGAUCUCCGCGAGAACAGGCGGCAGUGACGGCGGCGAGGGAGGGAGCGGUGAUCUACAUCAAGGCGGGGCGGUACGAGGAGCAGGUGCGAGUCGGCGUGCGACGACUCACCCUCCUGGGCGACGGGCCCAGUCGCACAAUUCUGUCGUUCAAUCGCAGCCAGGCUGGGCACGGGGCGUCGCUCACUGAUUCGGCCGUGCUAGGAGUGCAGAUGUCGGGGUUGGUGGCAAUGGGGAUAGCAGUGGAGAACACGGCAGGGGUAGCUGGCAUGCAGGCAGUGGCGCUACUCGUCAAUGCGGACCGCUCCGCAUUCUACCAGUGCAGAUUCUCGGGCUACCAGGACACGGUGUUCGCGUGGGGCAAGCGGCAGUACUACCACAACUGCACCAUUGAGGGCAGCGUGGACUUCAUAUUCGGCUACGCCUCCGCCGUGUUUGACCGCUGCCGCCUGCGCGUGCGCAAGGGCCGCAACCAGAGCUACAUUGCAGCCUCGGGCCGAGCCUUGGCGAAUGAUACGGGUGGCUUUGUGUUUAUAGAUUCAAGAGUUGAAACUGCUGGAGCGACCCGAAUAGCUCUCGCACGGCCGUGGGGGAUGUGUGCCCGCACGAUCUACAUCCGGACGUAUCUUGACUCGAACACGAGCAUUUGUUCGCGCAAUUUUCCACCACCGUACGCACUGCGUAUCGCCACCAUGGCUACCGUCGACGCCGAGCUUUUCCAGCAGAAAGACAAGAAUCCGCUUGUGCUACUCGGCGCGUUCACAACGGCAGCGGUGCUGGUGGCGGGGCUAGCGUCGUUCAAGCAGGGCAACGACCGACGCAGCCAGAUGCUCAUGCGCGCGCGCGUGGUGGCGCAGGGCGGCACGGUGGCGCUGAUGCUGGGGACCAUCGGAGUGGACGGGUUCCAAGAGCGCAUGCACAACUUCUCGCAAAAAUUCCUCUCUCCUCCCUCAAAAGGAAACCCAAGCUCGCAACCCUAA